AAAUGAAUUUGGGGAUGUGCGAUAGGACAGCCGCUUGUGAUGUGCGGGGACUGCGGUGGCUCUGGCUCUGGCUCUGGGGCAUUUAAAGGGGACGAGCGGUGGCCCGGGCGGGGGGGAUGGAAGGCAGGUGGAGGGGACGGCCCAGACGCACAUCACCCACGGCCCCUCCGGACCGGAGGCACUCGUGAGCCGCAGCCCAGAAACCCGAGGGUGGAUGAGACACCGCGUCCCCUCCAGCUCCCGCACGCACCCCCCGCUCCAUCCUGCGCCCCAAUACCGCCGCGAGCCCCUCUCUCCACUCUCUGCGCUUCAAACUCAGCCGGGACAGACUUCCGCCGCCGCCGCUCCGCACCCUGCCGGAGAAGCUCAGAGAUCCCUGCCCCUUUUAUUUGAGGAACUCUUUUGGACGACACAAAAUGAUUUGAUCAUUCAGGACAAAGCUGCUCUAGAGGAGCUCUGGACGACGGCUAGAGCCCAGCAGUCCCUACAGGUGGUGCUGGGGUGGUGUACCAACAAUGAGCGGGUGUUUUCCAGUUGCUGGCCUCCGAUGCCUGUCUAGGGAUGGGCGGGAUAGCGGUGCAGGGGCGCCAUGCUUCCUCCUGACCUUCGAUUUGGACGAAACUAUCCUGGACGAAAAGCGUGGGGCCAGCGGCCUGGACGCCACCUACCGCGAGGGCUUCUACAACGAGUACCUGCAGCGGGUCUUCAAGUACCUGGAUGAGCAGGGCGUGCGCCGGCGGGACCUGCGUGCCGUCUGUGAGACCAUCGCCCUGUCCCGGGGCAUGGGCGACCUGCUGCAGUUUGUGGCCAAGCAGGGAGCCGGCUUCGAGGUGAUUCUCGUUUCGGAUGCCAACACCUUCAUCGUAGAGAGCGCUCUGCGCGCCACCGGCCACCUGGGCCUGUUCCGCCGCAUCCUCAGCAACCUGUCGGGGCCUGACGCACGGGGGCUGCUGGCGCUGCGGCCCUUCCACACGCACAGCUGCGCGCGGUGCCCCACCAACAUGUGCAAGCACAAGGUGCUCAGCGACCCCCUGCGCGUGCGGGCCCAAGACGGCGUGCACUUCGAGUGCCUUUUCUACGUGGGCGACGGCGCCAAUGACUUCUGUCCCAUGGGACUGCUGGCCAACAGCGACGUGGCCCUCCCGCGCCGCGGCUAUCUCAUGCACCGCCUUAUCCUGGAGGCGCGGAGCCUGAUCCAGGAGGCGCAGAAGGCCGAGCCCAGCUCGUUCCGCGCCACCGUGGUGCCCUGGGAGACCGCCCACGACGUGCGCCUCCAUCUGCAGCAGGUGCUGAAGGCGUGCUGAGACGGCGGCCUGCAGGGGGCGCCCCGACCAGGAGUGAGGAAGGGAGAUCGGGAAGACAAUCUAGUUUUUUAACUUCCUUUCCCUUUCUCUUUGGUAUGUCCCCCUUUGGUGUGGAAUUUCUAGGAUUCCAGGCCCGUCCAUUCGGGGGCUGAAGGAGGGAGUUCAGAGCCAAUCCGAACUAUCCAUGCAGUUAAACCAGCGCGGCUGCCUCCCUCAGAGCCACAGCAAACACUUAAAUUCUGGACGGUGGCCCAACCGGGGUGAUGCGCAUUCCUGGGAAGGCAGCAGCGUUUCCUAAAAGCUCGUCCUCUGAACUGGGAGGAAGAGGUUCCCUUGUAGGCGAGAGAACUUUAACUGCUGCCCGGGUGUAACUUCCCCUCUUCCAGGCUUAGGUCAAGGAGGAAUCCUCCCGCACCGACUCCCCGCGGAGAGAGGAAGCUUUCCGCCUACAGCCCCAGGCCUAGAUUUCGCUUCACCUACCGCGAUGCACACUACAUCCCCUUUUCUUGCCUCCCUUCCCCGCCCAUCCUGCCAGCAACCCCAAAGGAAGAAAAGCCAGACGGAACAGUCGCCUCCUGGUGGUGGAACGAGGUAGCACACUGUCUGGCUUGGGUCGGACCAGCCAGGAACCUCGCAGCGGUGCCUCGGUGUCUUCUCAUACCCCAGCCUCGUCUAUGCAACAAGACCAGGGACAACCAAAGUCACCCCCGUGGGCUGGGCCCUCUGCGGCCCCCUCCUCUCCUAUGGAACAGAAAGCCAUGAUGUUUUAAAGCAGAGCCAGCGAAACCCAAGCCCCUCCUCUUUGGUGUUUUAGAGCUAUUAAAGCAGGUGAAGGGGGAAGAGUC